GGGCUAAGUCUACCACCCUUUCCAUCAUAAAUUUGUAGUUCUUAACUUGGUUUUGGUGGAGAAGACUUUAUAACAAUAAGAUCAACUCCCAAUAUCUCUCCAAUCCUCCACCUUUUAAACAAAGAUUUGAUAUCUUUUUUCUCUUUUCCUAGUUAUGUUAGGGAAGAGACCACGUCCAAUGAUCGGGAAGUUGUCCGAACUAUUGCUUUCUGGCAACAAACCCGGAUUGUUGGAUGUUGUAACAAGCCCCAGAAGUCCAUUAGAUUUCAAAAGUCCAUCACCUAGAGGUUUGAAGAGAUAUGAUGUUGGUGGGGUUGGACUAGGAAUCGUUGCUGCACUGGACAAUUCUAGUUCUGAUUCCUGCAGGCAUGCUAUUUGUAGCUCAAAUUUGAAUAGAUCAACUGCAAUUGUUGUCAAUCCUUGCAGGAAUUCUGAUAGAUUUAGAGGAAAAUAUGAGGAUUUAGAGGUGGAAAGUUUGGAGGAUUAUACUUAUGUGACAAGCCAUGGACAUGGCAAGUCAUCUUCAAAGGUGUAUUAUGACGGAGUUGAACGAGUUGAACAAAGGAAAAGUAGUUCUAGACAUGACAGAAACAGGUUUGGUGCUGUUAAGAAAACCCCAGCAGCAAGAUUUGUGGAAGAUGUUACUUACCCAACUUCAGAUUUUCUCAGUUCUUGUCAUCUAUGCAGGAAAAAGCUGCAUGGUAAAGACAUAUACAUGUAUAGAGGGGAAAAAGCCUUUUGCAGUCCGGAGUGUAGGUCAACUCAAAUAAUGAUGGAUGAGAGGAAAGAACAAUGCAGAUCAGAAGCUUCAAGAUCUGCAAAAGUUUCAACCUCCUCUCAUAAUACAGAGCAAAUUUUCUCGACCGGUAUUCUUGCGGUUUAGCCUUACCAAGCAGCUUAUGAUUUUGGCCGCAAAGACCACUCGUAUCUAUAGGAAAAUACCAUACGAUUAUUAGGAUUAAUAAUAACUUUAAUUUUCCAAUGUCAAUUUAGAAACAAGAAGAAACCAGAGAAAAAAAUUUGAGAAAAUUUUGGUCGGAUUGGAGUAGAGCUUACUUAUGCUGUAAUGAGAAAUAUGAAAUUUGAUAAGAAA